UUCGAACCAUGGAAGCCUUCGCACACUAAGCCCUAUGCCUGUCUUCUGCUCGCCGUCGUCCUCGUCUGUCCUCUGCUCGCGUCGUCGUCUUUGUUUGGUCGCCGAAGAUUCAUCUGGUGAUUCUGCUGGCCGCCUCAAAUCGAAGGGAAUUCACUUCGAAAUGUCAAGUACCAAUAUGGAUGUAGUGGCACAAGAUGUGGCUGCAGAAGAACAACAACAAGAACCUCCGGUGGAAGCAACUGCUAAUUUUGUUCCAGAUGAGUCCGCUUCGAUUGAAAAUAGCAACAAAUCGAGUGUGAAGAGUGUUUAUUGGCAAUACUUUACUCGAUUUCAAGAGGAAAAAGAUUGGAAGGCAAAAUGAAACCAUUGCAAAUCU